CUUUAUUUUACGCAUGCGUUUGGCGGUUAUACUGACUAGCUUUUAGAAGCAUAAUUUUAAAGCAUGUCAGAGAAAGGAGAAGUAGAUUUAACCGGUGCCAAGCAGAACACGGGUGUGUGGCUUGUAAAGGUACCCAAGUACCUCUCUCAGCAAUGGGCAAAAGCGACAGGCAGAGGCGAGGUUGGGAAACUCAGAAUCUGCAAGAAAGGAAACCAAGGAAAACCAGAGGUGAGUUUCACUUUGAAUGAAGAGCUGACUGUGAUUGAGGGUAUAGAAGACAAGACAGUGUCUGCGCCUCGUGAGCACCCGUUCACCAUGCAGUCAGUGGGAGGUCAGACGUUGGCAGUCUUCACCGAGACCUCAUCAGGCCAGUCAGAAGAGAGAUCUGAUGGCAGCAGCUCAGGUUCGGGGGCGGGGUCAGGUCCAGAUAAAAUAGCCUUGGAGGGAGUGGUAGUGCAGAGAGCAGAGUGCAGACCUGCUGUUAGUGAAAGCUAUAUGAGGCUGAAGAGGUUACAAAUAGAAGAGUCCUCCAAGCCAGCUAGGCUUUCACAACAGUUGGACAAAGCUGUCACCAGCAACUACAAACCUGUGGCCAACCAUGCUUACAAUCUUGAGUAUGACCGGAAAAAGAAGGAGGAGGGCAAGAGGGCAAGAGCUGACAAGCAGCAGGUGUUGGACAUGCUGUUUUCUGCUUUUGAAAAGCACCAGUACUACAACAUCAAAGACCUGGUGGAUAUCACCAAACAGCCUGUGAGUUACUUGAAGGAAAUCUUGCGAGAUAUUGGCAUCUACAACGUGAAAGGAACACACAAGAAUACCUGGGAGCUCAAGCCAGAGUACAGACAUUACCAAGGCGAGGAAAAGACUGACGAAUAGUUUCUGACCCUCCUUAGUUUCUGCACCACUUCUUCAUUUGAUUGGAAGAAGAUCAGGCCUCAGUUUGGGCCUUGGAACUCACUCCUGAUGUCCUGAAAUCAGGUCUCAAAGCACACUGGAUAAUGAGGUCAAGCUAGGGAUGAGUUUUACAGGGAGAGGCUGUUGUAUCUUCUUGUUUUUUUGUAGGAGACAAAAUGAAGGUGCAGUGGGAAACAAUCAUAGGUUUACACUGAACUGUCUCUUCCCAGUGUGGUGUCUUGUGGUCAUAGCUCCAGCAAACCGUGAAGGUGAAAGCCCCUGGUAUUCAAUUUGGUUGUUCUGUCUAUCAGAGGUGUAGGACAUAGUAUUUUAUGAUGUAAAGAAUGCAUUUAUUAACUCUGGUUCUUAGCAUUUAAUUCUUUUUUUGACACAAGUAUAUCCAGAGUUCCAAAAGGAUAUUAAGGGAUAUCAUGUUUAAAGCAUAAAUAGUAAGCAGAGGAAGGAUGUGACACAGGUCAUGGCUCUCACCACUAAACGGAUUUGUGCUGAGGAGAUUUCACUUUCCACACAUUUUAUACUUUUUUUUUUGUUUGUUUUAACUACAACCUAACAGAUUUUCCCACCAUGACUUGGUGACAAAUUAAGCCAGAACUUCAGCAUUGACAGAUUUUUUUAAGACUAGCACCAUUGCUGUAAUCCCAAGUAUGUCCCCACAUUACCCCAUGUUGGCUGUUAAUUUUGAACUGUUUCAUGUUUGACUUAUGCAAUAAAUGUUUCAAU